CUGCUUUUGAUCCCACAGGGACUCGGAGCCUUUACAUUCCUGUCAUUCCAGCCGCAGCGAACAAUCGGCCCUCAGUUAUUUAUUAGUGCGGCUCGCAGCUCCAGCUCGCUCAGUCUCAGUCUGCUGCCCGUCCGCGCGCGAACACCUACAUGGAGGACGGACGCGCAGGAAGCUGCCGGACCUAUUUAAGUUGAGGAGAAGAACCGGAGCGACUAUUAUUUCCGUAGUUCGAUUAGCGUCCCACGUCACGACCUCCAGGCUGAUUCGCUUCCACUCACUGACUGACAUGAGAACGUCCGAAGGCCCCUCCGGAACGGUGCUGCACCGCCUCAUCCAGGAGCAGCUCCGCUACGGGAAUCUGACCGACACGCGCACCCUUCUGGCCAUCCAGCAGCAGGCUCUGCGCGGGGGCGGCAGCGGAGGGGGCCCGGGCAGUCCCCGCUCCUCCCUGGAGAGCCUGACCCAGGAGGACACGCAGUACAUCCACAUGUCGGCGCGGCAGGAGCCUCAGGGCCAGGAGCACCAGGCCGACCGCUUGAACUGCGAGAGCCCCGUGUGCCACCUGUACCAGUUUCAUGGAGAGGAGCUCCCCACGUACGAGGAGGCCAAAGCCCACUCCCAGUACCUGAGCUUUCAGAAGGGGCGGGCGGAGCAGGACAUAAUGGGGAGCUGCAAUGAAGGACAGUGGGACUUGAAGAGAGAGCAUGCUCGCUCGCUCAGCGAGAGGCUCCUGCAGCUUUCUCUGGAGAGGAACGGGCCGAGGGACAACCCGGCGCCGAUGAGCUCCUCACACAGCUUCCCACAGCUGUGUAACGACGCUGCAGAUCCCGCGGGGGCUGACAGGCAGGGGGCUCAGCAGUGUGUGGACCAGCGGGGACCACCCCCCGGUUACCCCCUCUGUUCCAGACCUACUGGAUAUAUGCUCAGUCACUCCCAGGCACAGGGACAGUACCACAGAGACCCCCCCCCUCCGUUCUACUCGCAGCAUCACAGGUACGUGUCCGCUCAGUCCCAGGGGAGUCACGGCAACGCGCCGGCGGCCGCUAGCAGACAGCCGGCCCAGGCCGACGCGCUGGCGCGGGAGAACGAGCGGCUGAGGAAGGAGCUGGAGAUGCACACGGAGAAAACGGCCAGGCUGCGAAAGUUGGAGCUGGAGAUCCAGAGGAUUUCUGAGGCGUAUGAGACCCUGAUGAAAGGAUCGGCUAAACGCGAAACUCUGGAGAAAACCAUGCGGAAUAAAAUGGAGGCCGAGCUCAAGAGGAUGCACGACUUCAACAGGGACCUGAGAGACCAACUCGACGCGGUGGCGAAGCAGCGAGCGGCCUCGGAACACGAGCGCACGGACCAGAAGCAGCAAGUCUUCGUCAAACUCGUGGAGCAAAAUGAAGAGCAGCAGCGGGAGCGCGAACAUCUGGAGCGGCAAGUUCAGCAUCUGCGCGCCUCCGGGGAGGAGAGCCAGCGCAGACGGGAGCUGCUGGAGCAGAGCCUGGCCUCGGCGCAGGCCCGCAACCGGCAGCUGGAGGACGAGCUGCAGAGGAAGCGGGCCUACGUGGACAAGGUGGAGCGGCUGCAGAGCGCGCUGGCCCAGCUGCAGGCGGCGUGCGAGAAGAGGGAGGCGCUGGAGCUGCGGCUGCGCACGCGACUGGAGCAGGAGCUGAAGAGCCUGAGGGCGCAGCAGUCUCAGAACCAGGCGUGUGACCCCGCGGCCUCAGAAAUGAACUCUGCCACCAUGCAGCAGCACAUGAGAGAGAAGGAGGAGCACAUUCUGGCCCUGGAGGCCGACAUCACCAAGUGGGAGCAGAAGUACCUGGAGGAGAGCACCAUGAGGCAGUUCGCCAUGGACGCGGCUGCUACCGCUGCAGCACAGAGAGACACCACCAUAAUCAAUCAUUCGCCAAGAAAUUCUCCCGGCAGCAGUUUCAACGAAGACCUGCCUCUGUCGAGUCACAGGCACCAGGAGAUGGAGAACAGGAUCCGGGCACUCCAUGCACAGCUCCUGGAGAAGGACGCUAUGAUCAAAGUCCUCCAGCAGCGCUCCAGAUGGGAGCAGGGCAAGCUGGAGAAGCAGGGCCUGCGUCCGGCCCGGUCCGUUCCCUCCAUCAACACGGCCGCCGGCAGCGUGGACACUAAAGCAAAGAGCCUCUCGGACGACCAGACGAGCGCUGCUCACGUGGCGCCCAGAGGCACCAGCAGAGACUCGAGCACCCAAAGCAACGGGGCCCAGCGGGAGCCGGGGCCGAGGGCGGGGCCAGGGGCGGGGCCAGGGGUGGGGCCACAGGUGUCUGAGGCGAUCUCCGUACCUGACGCCUCAGAGGAGCUGAAGCCUCCGCUCAAGAUAUUCAACAGCGUCAACGGCUCGGAUGCAGAAGUGGUUGAAAUCCUCAUAUGAGUCAAGUCUGAAGCCGAACAGACUGACGAGUGAAGGCCGAACCAUGACUUUUGGGACUCUAGGGCCUUCCAUGUGCGGCCACAAGUGAAGAACUGCUUAAAUCUGGUGCGGCGCGACGAGGAGAGCUGAGCUUUCCCUCUGUGCGUGACAGAAACCGAGAUGACACCGACCGGCCUCACAUCAGAAUUCCUCUAUGUACCUGGAGAGGGUUCUACGUUAGACCAGGAAGCGGGCUGCUCCUUGUGCCUAAACACCGCGUUCACUGUGCAUGUUUAGUAUUGUAUUUAUAUAAUGUAAAAGCUGCUCACUUUUUAAGUUAUAUACGAGUGUGCGACCUGUUUGUCGGCUGUUCCCAGUAGCGUGGGGAUGCACAGGACUCACUAUGAACACGUCUGAGGAUUACUCUGUUCCACAGAAUAACUCCAAGCUAAAUUAGCGGUUGCAUCUGUCUUAUGGAUACAUUUUGGGCCUGCGCGCAGCUCAAGAAAGGACUUUGAACCUCCUUUAAAUGCAGUGCCUGCGUAUCUCCCUCUUUAAAAAGACUAUGAGGAUGGAGCGGGGUCUAAUUUUCCGUGUCCAGGGUUAACGCUCCGGCCCCCGGCGGCGGCUGCCUGGCGUUCUGCUCCUCUCCGCUGACACGCUGAAGCUAAUCUUCUCACAUUCCUCACUGAGGGAAUGCUCCCGUUAAAGAAAAAGGCUAUCUAAAGUCUGACCCCGCGCCCUUGUUAAAAUGACACGCAUUCUCCACAUGAUUCCUUUUCUUAGGGCUGCCGAUUGCUUCUGGGUCGUGGUGGCUGGUUCUACCACAAGCCCGGAUACGGUCAACUAUAACUGUCCUGCAUUUGACGCCAUCGCUGUGUUAUAUUCAGCCACAUCUCUCCAUUGCUCAACUAUCUCCCAUUUCCGACUCCACUGCGUCUUUUCCCAAGUAACCUUCUAUUUAUUUUCGCCUGCUUAGUGUAGAAUCACUGAACGCUGCCGAAUGUAGACUCCUGUUCCCGGGAAUAUUUAUUUAACUGGAAUGUGCCAUAAUUCUGAUUUGUUCUACUUUUUAGACGGUAAUGCUUGUAGAAUUCAAUGUAAUUACAUUUCUGAAGAAGUUAAUAUAUUAUCAUCCAGUUUUCCAACUCUUAUGUAUGAAUCAUAGACUCUCACAUUUAACUGCUAUUCCCUCCUUUUCUUCUUGUUUCCUUUCACACUGCAUUUGCUGGUCAGUGUAGCGUGUCAAAGUUCAUGCCCUUCACUGUUUAUGGAAUCUGUUUACAUGAAUGGCAAUUUGAAGUGAGAGAACUUAAUAUUAAUAUAUAUUGUUUGUUGUUGUUUUUUCCACAUCUCUAAACAUAUUUGUUUCAUUUUCUGGUGCCAAAGACUUUAAAAGACUCUACUUUUAAGUUAUAAUCUAUGACAAACACAAAAGGUUCUGUUAAGGUACCUUGCUUCAGCUCGUCGACCCGUUUUGAUAUUGCUGUGAACUUGUGGAAAGAAGAUCCUUGUAUGUAUGCCUCAACAUUUCACAAUAAUAGAUUAAAAUUCUUAAUAUAUGUCUGAAA